UGCGCAAUGACUGGUCGCGGAAAGAGUGGAAAGGGAUUGGGAAAAGGAGGUGCGAAGCGUCAUCGUAAAGUUCUUCGUGAUAACAUCCAGGGAAUCACUAAACCGGCUAUCCGUCGUCUGGCUCGUCGUGGCGGUGUCAAGCGUAUUUCCGGCUUAAUCUACGAAGAGACUCGUGGUGUUCUCAAAGUUUUUCUUGAGAACGUCAUUCGUGAUGCAGUCACGUACACCGAGCACGCUAAGCAGAAAACUGUCACAGCCAUGGAUGUCGUCUAUGCACUGAAGCGUCAAGGCCGUACUCUUUACGGAUUUGGCGGUUAA